UCCCAUAGUCAGCUACUCAGCUCCAAGUCUCCAACAUGGCCAUCUGGCCGAUGCAUUUUUCCAUUCUCCGUUGUCCAUGAAACUCUCAACUCUCAGUCGUCUCAGUCCUUCUUCUGAUUGACUGUAAGCUGAAACGUUCGUUGAUUGGAUACUUGGCAUUGAAAUCUUGGAUUAGCUUUCUAUUCCCCUCAAGAUUUCUAGAUUUUACUUGCUUAUCAGUAGUGGGUAUGUGCUAUUAGAAGCUUAUGUGGAAUUGUGGACAUUCUUGCAUUUGUUUUAUCAACUUUUUCAGGGCUGAUUUCAUUUGGAAAACUCUUGUUCAGAUCAGGGGAAGAGACUUGAUUGUGAUUUGUGUCUACUGCUGACAUUGUGAUGCAGAUUCUUGUGAUCCGUUACCGUCUAGAAGGGAACUUGAUCAUUGUUUAAAGGGCGUGAGUUGAGCUAAAGCAUCCUGGUAAGUCUGAUCGCCAUGUCUGCAUAUGGCCAUAUAAUGGAAAGGGAAAUCUCGGCUCACAGUCUUUCGAGCAGAGGAAAUUCGGAAAUGGGAAGCCGUUUUACUAUGGAGACAGGAAUUUACAUGUCGUCUUUUGCUGCCACAGUCUUCAUUGCUGGGCUUGUAACAGUUGGGGUUUCGUUAAUGACACUACUGAUAACCUUGACAGUGAUGUUACAGUCCUGCCAGAACAAAAAUUCUGGGGUUAUACAGAGUCUUCGGGCGUCAAAAUCCACUUAUAAUUAUCAUUACUGCUUGGCUUUUACUAUGCAUAUGGAGCUGAACACUUUGGAUUCGGAUUCUUUCCCCGAUAUUUGUAAGGAUGCUGCAAUUCAGUACAUCAAAGAAGGCCAAUACAUGAACGAUUUAAAUGUUACCGUGCAGUUGGCUGAGAAAUACUUCAGCACUAUCAAACCGCUAGAAGAUGGUAAGGAUGUUGUGUUGAUGGAUGCUGAUGACUUUUUCCCCGAAGACCUCUUAUACCCGAACCUAUCAUUUCAUCAAUCCCGAGAAAAUGGUUGCUCUGAUUGUACAGAUGACUAUGAGAAAAACCCGAAGCAUGUUUUUGUCCAAAAAUUGUACAUGAAACUUCAAGCCAGAGGGUGGCAGCUGGUUUUGCUAUCAAGGAAGCCCGAGAGAUUACGUAAUGCCACAAUAGAAUACCUUCUUUCAUCAGAAUGCAGUGGGUGGUCGUCAUUAAUUAUGAGAAAGAACCACGAAAUGCAAACAGAUACACGGGAAUACUUUUCUGCACAAAGGGCAGCAUUGCAAGAUGCAGGAUUUCGUAUUGUAGCUGCUAUUAGCAGCCAUUUGGACGCCCUAACUGGUCCCUCUCCAGGAAACCGCGUUUUCAAGCUACCAAAUCCUGUUUCAGUAUCAAGCCAGCACAAUAUUUCGAGUGCUUGAACCAACCGAAGAAGAUUACAGAUUCUUGCCAGGAAAAAACAAAGUCACUGGGAUUGACCAUCCUGCUUCCCUGUCUAAGCUACUGUUCCUGCUGCUUGAAUAUAAUGUUUUAAGUAGAAUGAAAGUUCCACAAUCUUGUCGGGCGAGGGUGUGGGGCCCUGGUGCCUGGGGACGAUGGACUUCGCCUUUUGAGGGUGAAUAGAAUGAAAGUUGCCAUAGAAAAGAUUGACACAAGUUUGUGAAUUGUAUAUGUUGGUGUACAGUUGCAAUUUUGAUAUUGCUGUAGAUUUACAGAUCAAAAGCUUGCAUUUUGCUGGAAUUGGAUGAACAAGUACAUGCAAAAUCUUCUAAUACAAUUAUUAUUUUUUAUUGUUGUUUAAUGUAUGAAAUGAUGUUGAGUGUUAUCCAGUUUAA